AUGAAGAGAAAAAAUAUAACGAUUUUUUUGUAUUCACUAAUUCUGGUGGUUUUAUGGCCUAAUCGUAUAUACGAUAUAGUGGUUUCACUGUCCUUAAAUAAAAGAAAUGAUUUAAAAAUAUUUGACAAUAAUACAGUAAAGACAUCUACAGUUGUAUAUCAGAUGUCGAAUGAAAAAUUAUAUCUAGGUGAAGAACAUUUCAGCAAUGUAAAGAAGUUACAGAAUAUGUUUAUGGUAUGUUUUAAAUCGGAUAAAAAAAAAGACGUAUUAAAAGAUAUAGGUAUUUUAAAUAUAAAAUUUUUAUUAUAUGAAAAUUUUAAGAAAAAUGUAUAUGAUAAUAUAAAACUUUUAUUUAAUUUUAUAAAAGAAAAUUUUGCAUAUUUAACUAAAAGAAUAUCAGAAGAAAAAAAAAAUAAUAAUUUAAAUGAAACAGAUUAUAUUGAAAAUGAUAAUUUAUUAACUUUAUUAGAAGACGUGGUAAGUAAUGAUGUUGAAAAAAAUGCUAAAUAUUUUGAAAAAUUAAUUCAAUUUACAAGCUUAAAGAAAUGCUUCGAAAUAUCCAUUUCAUUGAAUAUUGAAGAUAACAAGGAACCAAUUGUUCUAUUAUGUGAAGUGGAUACUAAUAAUAAUCGUAUUAAUUUAAAAAUUAAUAAUAAUUUACCACAAGAUAAUAUUAAUCAGAUUAAAAAGAAAAGUACUUUAUCACGUAAACCAAAAGGGUCCUUUUUAAAAAGAAUUAUAACUCCAUUAAAAUCUAGUACCUUAUUUUCUAAAAUGACCAAAAGAAUGAAAUGGCCAUUACAUUAUUAUAAAAACUUAUGCUAUAAACAUAAUUUUGAAGUUGCUUCUGAAAAUUGGGUUAACUAUUUCUAUAAUCAUAAUGAAACGUUAUGUCAUGUUCAGACAGAUGGUACUGGUGAUUGUUUAUUUUUAUCCUUACAAUAUCUUCUAGAAAAAAAUGAAAUUACUACAUAUAAUGUUAAUAUUAAUUCAAAUGUAUCAGAAAGUUUAUUUAUCCCUUGGUAUAUUAAAAAUGCUAGGAAAAGAAAUGAUACCUAUUUUAACGUUACUGAUUUGAGGUAUAUAACCACUUUUUUUGUCAUAAAAUAUUUCCCUGGGUAUUCACAAGAUUCUGAAACUAAUUCUUUUCAUAUUAAUGAAAAAUUAAAUUUACUUAUAAACCUUGAGCUUACCAAUUAUUAUUUAAAAAAAGAUCUACUUUAUAGAAUGAUGAAACCAGAUAAGUUUAUUGAUCAAAAUGGUAAAAACGUUUUUUCUAUGUUCUCAAGUUAUAUGAAUAAGUAUUUGCAAUUAGGAAAGCCCCAACUAUCUGCUCCAGGGAACACCGAUUCCAGUCAACCGCAUGAUAUGCUUUCCCCCAGUGGAAGCAGUAGCGGAUAUGUAAGCAGCAGCGAUGGUAGUAUGGACAGCAGUAACGACGGCAGUAUCGACGGCAGUAUCGACGGCAGUAACGAUGGAAGUAACGAUGGAAGUAACGAUGGAAGUAACGAUGGAAGUAACGAUGGAAGUAACGUUGACCUUAACGAUGGCAAUAACGAUGGAAGUAACGAUGGAAGUAACGUUGACCUUAACGAUGGAAGUAACGAUGGAAGUAACAACUACAACAAGAACAAGAACAACAACAAUAACGAAAAUAAUGAUGAUAAUGACAGUGAUGAUAAUGCCGACGGUAAGAAAGUAAACCCAGAUAAUAGUGGCUUCAGUGGAAGCAAUGGACGUGCCGAUGUUGACGGAGGUAAAGGGAGUAGUGCUAUGGGGAGUGAACAAGGCGAAAUGUACUCUAGGUUGUUUAAUAGCUUGCAAAAUCUACCUUUGUCCAAUGCUCGUUCACGUAUUGAUCAUCUGAAGAGUACUAUAUCAGAAAAACGAAUUAGGAACAGCUCGAACACUAUAUCUAGUAUUAAUGAAAGUGAUACAGAUAUGAACUUGUUUAAAAGGAAAAAUUCAUCGAACAGUGUAUUAUCAUCUCCAUCAGAGGAAAAAGCAGUGUCCUUUCAUAAAGUAGAGCUUGAAACAAAGGGAAAAAAAAGAGGUAAAGAAAAUUUUUUUAGAGUAACAUAUACCCCAAGGAAGGAUUCUGAAAAUAAAAGUACGACCCCUAUCGAAGAAUCUGCUACAAAUGAAGAGUCUAUUUCUAAAAAGCAUAAGUAUAAAAAGAAACAUAUAGAUAAUGAGGAUGUACAUAAUGAAGAAAUUAGUUCAGAAGGUAAUGAAACGAAAUAUCAUAGUUUUAUAAUACCGCAUAUGCCAGAUGGAAAGAGUUAUAAUAAUGAAAAGGAAGUUAUACAACUUAAAACUAAUGCGAAUAAAGGAAUUUUACAAAAUUCAGAUAAACAGUCCAUACUAAGGGGUACUACUGUGGAAGAGUUGUCAGGGGAAGAGAGCAUGCAUAGUCUAGGAGAUGAUUCUCUAUCUAGUUCUAGAGAAUCCAUGUUUACAAUUGAAGAUAACAGUUCUGAUGAUGAAACCGAUGUGAAUAGCUCAAAGGAGGGAGAGCAAGAUGAGGAUAAAAAUAGUAACACUACUAAUACUAACGAUGAUGAAAAGUAUGAUACUAUUUUAGAGGAUGUUCACGAGAAUGGAUAUAGGAUGUAUGAAUUAAUAUUCUUUAAAAUUGUGUCCUUAUCAGCUAAUAAUUUAACCUAUGAUGAAUUAAAAAAAUUAAAAAAAAAAAAUCUGAAAAACUUAUUAGGAUCGAACAAAGUAUCAAAAGUAAUUGGAUCACAUAUAUUUAAAAAUAAAGUUUCUGUAGGAUGUAUUUUACCGUAUUUUAAUUUAGAAAAUAUUAAAAAUAAAUUAAAUAACCCAUUUACAAAGAACAAUUAUGCAAAUUCUGACUUGUUCAUAAUAAUAAUUGAAACAACAUUUAAUAAAAAAAUAACAAGAAAAAAAGAUGGAUUAGUAACUAAUAGUUUACUAUUAAAACAUAAUGGAGAUUGUAUAUCCUAUUGGUCAAUUAAAAAUAAUGAUUAUCAUUUUACUUGUGAUAAUAAAGUUAUACAAACACAAACCAUUCAAGAAAAAGCAUCCGCUUUUUUUUAUGAAAGAACAAGACUUGGUCAUACACACUGGGGAGAUGAAACAGAUUAUGAUGCAUUUCAAAAAAUGUUCAAUAUUGGAUUAAUUACCUUUAUGAACAACAAUACAAAAUUCUUCUUCUCAAGAAAUAAUUUUGAUGAACACCCUCUUUACUUUUUAAUCUAUUUUUACUCUGGUAUUCACUUUGAGCCAGGGAUACAUAUAACUGUUAAGGGUCAAAAGGAAAGUCAUCAUUCGUCGUAUGACCAAAAUAGCAUUCCUAAUUCGUUUCUUCAAGUGCCUGCGGGGUGA